GAUAUUUAGAUGUACUGCUGUACGUAGAUGUUUUGAAUUAACAGAGUAGACUUUUGAUUAUAAUGGCUGGUGAUCGAGGAUAUUCAGGUGGCGAUUUUGCCGGAAACAACUUCGAGGAGUAUGACGACGAGGAGUACUGUGAUAGAGCAGAUGAUGAUGAUGACGAUGAAGAGGAAGAUGAUGAUGAAGACGAUUAUAAAGAGGAAAAUGCUCGUCAGGAAACAGAAGAACAAGCACGAAUGCUACUUGAAAAAGCCAAGACAUCCAAGGUUGUUUUUGUCGUGCGAACGAAUGUUGCGUUUCAUGGGUCGGUGGUCGAUGAUUGCCCUGUUCCUGGAAUGGCUGUAAGCUUCCAAGUUAAAGAUUUUCUGCAUAUUAAAGAAAAAUUUAAUAAUGAAUGGUGGAUUGGUCGGUUAGUGAAAGAAGGUUGUGAUGUUGGCUUUAUUCCGUCACCAGCGAAAUUGGAGGCUAUGCAAAAUUUCGGUGCUAGAGGUAUGAGCAAAAGUUCCACAGGUAAUUUUGAUAAUUCACGAACUGGAAAUUCAAGGCCAUCAACACCACCAGCUGAUGGUGCUGACACCAUUAACAGAAGUUAUGAUGAAGACAGUAAUCCCAGACGAGAAACACCAUCAGGUAAAGCUUCCGUCAGUGCAAGAGCGGGUCGUAAGCCAUUUUUUAAGAAAAGUGAUAAUUUACCUCCUUACGACGUUGUACCAUCUAUGCGUCCAGUAGUUCUAAUUGGUCCUUCUUUAAAAGGUUAUGAAGUAACUGACAUGAUGCAGAAAGCCUUGUUUGACUUUUUAAAACGGCGUUUUGAAGGAAGGAUUAUCAUAACUAGAGUGACGGCUGACAUAUCACUUGCUAAACGAUCCCUACUUAAUAACCCUACUAGAAGAGCUAUUAUGGAUAAAUCUUCUACAAGAAAUCAAUCUUUAGAGGUUCAACAGGAAAUCGAACGCAUAUUUGAUUUAGCUCGUACACAACAACUCGUCGUACUGGACUGUGAUACAAUUAAUCAUCCAAGUCAAUUAUCUAAAACAUCUCUUGCACCAAUUACAGUUUAUUUAAAAAUAAGUUCAACAAAAGUACUUCAACGUUUGAUUAAAACACGUGGUAAAUCUCAAGCGCGAAACAUGAAUGUUCAAAUGGUUGCAGCUGAAAAACUUUUGCAAUGUACUAAUGAUCAGUUUGAUGUGAUUUUAGAAGAAAACCAACUUCCAGAUGCCUGUGAACAUUUAGCUGAAUAUUUAGAAGCAUAUUGGAGAGCCAGUCAUCCAACUGGUAAAGUCACAAAAGCUGAACGUAUCCUUGGAAUUGGGACAGGUGCAAACUCAAAUCAGUCUGUUGAAAACGAGAUGUCACAUGGAACGCAUCGACGUCAAAGUAAUGCAUUUAAAAAUGACAAAAGAAAAGGCAAAAUUGAUCAAGAUUAUAAUGGAUCUAGAGAUUAUUCAAAUUCAAUUUCUUCACCAAGACGAGGUUCAACUCAAUUCGAAAAUAAUAGACGACGUUACGUGGAUGAACAAGAAUUACUUUCAGAUGAUGAUUAUCGUCACAAACCACAUAAUGAAGUACGGACUGUUUGGAAUAAUACUGAAAAGAAUAUUUAUUCGCCAUCUCAUGAACAUCGUUUAUCGCCUAAUCAGGCAUUGCAACAUGACAGACAAAUGAAAGAAUCUAAUCGCAUAAAUCCUAUAUCUGUUGGAAUUCAUAACAGAUAUAAUCAUCAUCCACAAUAUGAUACUGAAGAAUCUGAUUCACCUUUGGAGAAUGAUCGCUUUCUUGUAGACUCAGGUUAUCCAAAAACUCGAAGAAGUCGUCAAGGUUCAAUCAUGAUUUAAAUAAACUGUAAUUUUAUUUGCUUAGCAUAAUAAUAAUCAUAAUCAUAAAUGAAUAUCUUUACUGAUUAAUUUUUACUCUUCUACUUUAACAUUUAGUGUAACAUAAUGUAAAGUGACAUAGCAUAAUAAUACUUCAUACAUAUAUUAGUAAUAUUUUGUAUCACAUUAUUAUUCAAAUUUAUUCCCUUUAAUUGUUACUUUUGUUUUCCUUUUAUUUUGUGAUUUUAUUUAUCGUUAAAGUUUACAUUCCUAAUAAGCCUUUUUAUUAGUUUAUAACUACGCACAAUAUCCUUUAUUAUCAUUGAGAAUAUUAAUUAAGUUUAUUUGAGUAUUUUAUCUCUUUUUAUAAAGUAUAUCAUGUUCAAGCUUUCAAUAUCAAGUAUAAAUUACAUUAUAAUGUAUAUAAUGAUGAAAUUAUAGUAAAUAAUUAGAUGUCAUAAAUGAAUGAUUUUAUUAUCUUAUUUCAAUUAUAUCACCUAAUCUUGUAUUUGAUUGACUUAAAUAUUUUGUGUCAAAAAUUUCAUAAAAUUAAACCAUUUGUUGAUUGAUCAUUUAAAGUGUUUAAACUUUUUUUUUACUCAAAUUUAAAAUAUCUAAAAUCCUCACUUAAAUAUCUGUAUAUUUCCUUAGAAUUGUGAAUUAAUAUUCAUUGUUUAUGACUUCUAACACAAUAAAAUUUCAUAUGUAAGACUGUUGAAAAGAAUAUUCCAUAAGAAAAAGAGCAUUUAGCGAAGAAAAUUUUCAUUUCGACGAAAUCAUUUACUUAAGCUGUACAUUCGUAUAUAUAGGUAUAUGGAAAAUGUAUGUCUAUAGGAGGAUAGAAAAAAUUGCAUUACCAAAAUGGAUUCGAGGAUAAAUAACAAAUGAGGUUAUGUACUAAUCAAAGGGUAAGGAAGAAAAUCGUUUAUGGGUCAGAUAAUGAUUUCGUCCAAAAGAAAAUUUUCUUCGCUGAAUUCUCUUUCUUAUUCUUAUUCAAUGACACUAUGGGUUAUUUUAAUUAUCAAAAGAAUAUUCAUAAAUAAAAAGUAUUUCUUU